AUGUAUCUGCCACGCGAAUUGAUCUCGAAACUCUACGCCCACCUGCAGAACACGCGGCAUCCGCUCUCGCCGCCCGUGCUGGUCCUCGUCGCCCUCGAGCCCGACUCUCUCUGCGCCUGCCGCAUCCUGACCCGCCUGCUCAAGCAUGACUACAUACCCCACAAGAUACAUCCCGUGGCCGGAUAUGGCGACCUCGAACGCGCCGGCCAGGACUUGGUCGCUCCCAUGAUGGAGACGCGUGGUGGCAACGGCGGCGUUGUCAUCUGUCUGGGCGUAGGCGGCAUGGUCGACAUGGGCACCAUCCUGGGCCUCGAAGUCGAAGGCGAAGAGUCUAGCUUUGGCGGUGUAGAAGUCUGGGUUCUCGACGCCCAUCGCCCGUGGAAUCUGAGCAACGUUUUCGGCGGCUACCCACUCGAGCCUGAGGCCGAAGGUCUAACCAGCUACCAAGGGCGCGCUCCAGAAGGCGUCGCGUCGGGGCGUAUAGAACGCUCCUACCGCCCUGGCAAGGGCGGCAUCGUCGUCUUUGACGACGGGGAUAUUGCAGAAGGUCUGAAUGCUGAACGGGACGCGUAUCUCGCCUUGGUGGACAUGCCGGACAUUGACGAUGAUGGCGUCGAGCUCUACGGCGAUAGCGACUCGGAGUCAGACGGCGAAGAAGAACCAGCACCGAAGCCCGGACAAAAGAGAAAGUCCUGGGGCGACCGCGACGAGGAGAGUAGUGACGAAGAGGAUGACCGGCCAAGGCAGAGGAGGAGGAGCAAUUCUUCGACGCCGAUUGCCGAAUCUCCGCGUCCAGCACGACGAGGCUUGGUGUCUCUCCGAGACGACCUGAUCACAUCGGACGACGCAGAAGAUCCCCCUUCGGCUGCACAGCCACCUAAGGGUCCAUCGGCACGCUCGCUGCGCAGAAAAUUGAUCAGGAUGAAGCAGGAGAAUGAGAGUAUUAUUCGGAAUUACUACAGAGGGGGUGCCUCCUACUCUGAACCGGUGUCCGCUAUGGUCUACUCCUUGGCUUCAGAGCUUGGAAGGGAAGACAACGAUUUGCUGUGGCUGACCAUUGUAGGCGUGUCUUCAAUGGAACUCUACGGCCGCUCGUCGGGAGGCCUGGCAAUCUCUGUGAAGGGCUCCGACACGCCUGCCACCGGCUGGAUGGGUGUUCGUGGUGCCCGGUUGCGGCAGCUUCUUCGCGACGAGGUGCGGCGUCUGAACCCGCCUGAACUCACUUCGCAGACUGGCCGCGUCUCUCAGACUGAGGGCCCCGGCAUAAUACCGACCACAGCAAGCAGCCCGGAGGAUACCUCCAUUCGGCUCUCCCCGGAGCCAAGGUUUCUACUCAUACGGCAUUGGUCACUCUACGACAGCAUGCUUCACUCGCCUUACCUCUUCUCCAAACUGCGCAUAUAUAAUGAAAGCGGCCUCAAGCGCUUGCACAAACUACUCGCCAAGAUGGGUGUCAGCCUGGUUCAGUGCAAGCAGAGCUACACGCAUAUGGACAUGACGCUAAAGAAGGAGCUGCGCACCAAACUUCUAAAAUAUGCCUCCCUCUACAAUCUAGAUGAUAUGGUGCCCGGGGCCGAGACUGAUAGUCGAGACCGGGGUGGAGCCAAGGAUGGCUGGGGCUUUGUCCGAAGCUGGGGAUGGCGAGCGACUCUUUCUGCCCAAGACGUUGGCGUUGUCAUCGGUGCUCUACUCGAAGUUGGUCGGAACAGCACGUACGUUAGCCACGACGGUAGUCUCCAGGCCAGCCAGUCGUUCUCGCAAUCCUCAGACAUGGUCGAUGACGACGGCCUGGCGGAGACAGAGGAAUGGGUCUCCCGCUUUUGGGAGGCUUAUGAUGCCCUGGAGGACAUUGACGCACUGAAGUCUGGGUUACCGACGGCACAGUAUCUCCAUCGUGCCAUUUUCCGCACCGGCACGUCCCUUAUCGGCAAGCGACAGAUCAAGCAUCUCAAUGCCUUCCGCAUGUGCGUAAUCAAGGACGGCCCGGACGUCCCUCUCUUCACCCACCCGUCUGCAUUGACGAAACUGGCUUUGUGGAUCGGCGAGGCUCUUACCGAACAGGAGCGAGACGACAGAGGCAAGCUCUCCAACGGCGGUCGAGGCACGCCGCUUGUGGUGGCUAGCCUGAACGAGAAGCGUGGUGUCUAUGUCGUAGUCGGCACCGGUGGUGGAGGCGGACCCGACCUGGCAUUCUUGAACCGGGAGGGGGCCAAGGAGAAAGCCGCUCGCCGCGAAGCAAAACAGAAGGAGCGUGAGGCGAGACAGAAGAUCCGCGAGGAGAAACGCGCUGCCAGGCGCGCUCAGCGCAACAGCGAUGACGAUGACGACGAAGAAGACGACGAGACGGAGUCCGAGGGUAGUGACUCGGAUUCGGACUCGGACGAGGAAGACGAGGAGGAUGAGCGGCGGAAGAAGGGCUACGGCCUCAACAAGUUCGGCAGCGCGUUCCAGGAUGUGAUCAGCGAGACCAACGCAAGGGUCCGGAUCGACAGCUUUGAGCACUGCGUCGUCGAGGUCCAGAAGGAUGACCUGCCGGGCUUUUUGGAGAGCCUGAGCGCAAAAGCUGUGGUCGGUUGA